AAGAUAAAAGUUGUGUGCUUACUGAAACAGCAUCGCAUAUAUACCAAACGCGACAGCCUUUUGGCACGCCAUUCGCACUGAUUUCUCGAACUCCAUUCUAAACCCACACGCCUCCUUUUACAUUAUCGUAGCUCGCUUUCUCUCUCUCUCUCUCUCUCUCUCUCUCUCUCAAAAACCCUAACACAAAUCUUAGCGCCCACUUCACUAUGGAUAUUGAUGAGAAAAAAAUGGUAGAUAUUGAGGAGGAGAUCCGAUCUUUACAGCUCGACUCAGCCGAUACUACUGAGAUGAUAGCGGAAGAUAACAUUGGGGUUGUUAAUGCUGAAGAUGAAAUUGCACAACAUGAAGAACUUGAGAAAGUGGAUAAGAUGGAGGAAGAUUCAAAGGAAGAAGUCCAUAACCAGGCAGUAGAGGUUGAAAAGAAAGUGAAAGAGAAGGAAAACUCUGCCCUAGACGAGGAAGCAACUUUUGAGAAGGAAUUACCGAAGAAGAGACACUUGAAUGUUGUCUUCAUUGGCCACGUGGAUGCUGGUAAGUCCACUACUGGAGGCCAGAUACUUUUCCUCAGUGGUCAGGUAGAUGAUCGGACAAUUCAAAAAUACGAAAAAGAAGCAAAGGACAAAAGUAGAGAAAGCUGGUAUAUGGCUUAUAUUAUGGACACUAAUGAAGAGGAGAGAGUCAAGGGUAAGACUGUUGAAGUUGGAAGAGCACAUUUUGAAACAGAGAUGACAAGAUUUACAAUUUUAGAUGCACCGGGUCACAAAAGUUAUGUCCCAAAUAUGAUCAGUGGUGCAUCUCAAGCUGAUGUUGGCGUUUUGGUAAUUUCUGCUCGAAAGGGGGAGUUUGAAACUGGAUAUGAGAGAGGUGGACAGACUCGUGAACAUGUUCAGCUUGCUAAAACCUUGGGUGUGUCAAAGCUGCUUGUUGUUGUAAACAAAAUGGAUGAUCCUACAGUCAAUUGGUCAAAAGAAAGGUACGAUGAAAUUGAGUCCAAGAUGACACCAUUUCUAAAGUUGUCAGGAUACAAUGUGAAGAAAGAUGUCCAAUUCCUGCCAAUAUCUGGUCUGAUUGGUACAAACAUGAAAACAAGAGUGGACAAAAGUGUUUGUUCUUGGUGGGGUGGUCCCUGCCUUUUUGAAGCCCUGGAUGCUACUGAAAUUCCUCAACGAGAUCCCAAAGGUCCAUUUAGGAUGCCUAUUAUAGACAAAUUCAAGGACAUGGGAACUGUUGUCAUGGGCAAAGUAGAAUCUGGUAGUGUGCGUGAGGGUGAUUCCAUGGUGGUCAUGCCAAAUAAGGCUCAUGUUAAAGUUCUUGCCGUAUUCUGUGAUGAAGAUAAGGUUAAACGUGCAGGGCCAGGUGAAAAUGUACGAGUUAGACUAUCUGGGGUUGAAGAGGAGGACAUAUUGUCUGGCUUUGUUUUGUCAAGCAUUUCAAGACCAAUAGCUUCUGUUUCUGAGUUUGAAGCCCAGUUGCAGAUCCUUGAGUUGCUGGACAAUGCAAUUUUUACUGCUGGCUAUAAGGCUGUCUUGCACAUUCAUGCUGUUGUUGAAGAAUGUGAGAUUGUAGAGUUGUUACAGCAAAUUGAUCCAAAGACAAAGAAACCUAUGAAAAGGAAAGUUCUCUUUGUGAAAAAUGGUGCCAUUGUUGUAUGCCGUGUUCAGGUGAAUAACUUGAUAUGCAUUGAGAAGUUCUCAGAUUUUCCCCAACUUGGAAGGUUUACUCUUCGUACUGAAGGGAAAACAGUUGCAGUGGGAAAAGUUACUGGUCUUAAUUUGUCAAGUGCCUGAACAAUUUUUAGCAUAAGAGGCAAGCAGAGUCAGUUGGACUUCAAUGUUACAUUUCAUGGCAGCAUGACAGGACUGACUUACUGCAGCAUUACAUGCAACUCAUUGAUAGUUAUCGAUUCUGAUAUCGCCUGCCUUAUAUAGAGUAGUAGUUUUAUGAAGAGUUAAUUUUUGUUGCUGAUGCCCGUGCGUUUGGAUGGGGGCUUUACCGGGCAUUGUUGCUUUGGGCAUUUUAUGGGUGUACCUUCUGACCUAGUUCACCCAUUGCCAUCUUUUAACUUAAAUAUAGUUAUGAUUAAUAGUUUUGAAUUGGUCUUAUCUGAUUAUUGUUUGGUAAAGUUGGUCUGACUCUUGUUUUGAUACCCUUAAGGGCCCAUCUAAAUUGAUUAUCAGUUUCUAUUUU